AUGUUCCAGCGGACGCACAGCCGCGUCGGCGCCACGGCGCUCGCGUGGGCCUUGCGCAUGCAGCAGAACCGGAUGAGUAGUUGCCCCGUCCCAAGUCUUCCCACGGCAGCGGGGUGUCGCCACCUGCCGUGCGGGGCGUGCACCGCACCGGCAGCAACAGCCUCCUUCUUCGCCCUCCAGAGCGGGCUCCGCGGCUACACCACGACGACCCGCGCACAGCAGAUGCGCGUGCAGGGCCGCGACAACAUCCAAAGCCAGAACACCCCCAUGAACUGGCCAGGCAGCAGCGGUGGCAGCCAGGCGGACAGCCUCACGCCGUUUGUGCGUCAGCACCUCGCCCGCGUCUACACUCUCCUCGGUUGUGCAUGUCUGACGGCGGGGCUCGGGAGCUUCCUGAUGGUGGCCACGCCGAUGGGACGUGCCAUCCCGUACUGGCUCCCGAUGGUUGGUGGCUUCGUACCACUCCUUUGGCUGUCCUUCGCCCCACCCGCGAACCCGUCGCUGAAGUUGUGCCUCUUCUUCUCCUUCGCGCUCUUGGAGGGCAUGGCGAUUGCCCCGCUCGUGCUCAUGACGAGCAUGAAGGGCGUGCUCACCACAUCGAUUCUGCUGACCGCCGCCGUCUUUGGCGGCUUCAGCGCCGCGGCGUACCUGGCACCGCGCGCCUCCAUGGUAGCGUGGCAGGGGCCGCUGUUUGGCGCACUGAUCGGCAUGGUCGCAGUCUCCCUGCUGAACGUCUUUUACCCCACCGCCUUUGCGCACUCGCUUAUUCUCUACGGCGGUCUUGCCAUCUUUUCAGUCAUGGUGGCAGUGGACACACAGGCCAUGAUUGAGCGUGCUCGUUGCGGGGCUGGCGACCACGUGCAGGACGCGAUGCAGAUGUUCUUGAACGUGGUGAAUAUCUUUGUGCGCAUCGCGCAGAUCAUGGGCAGCAUGGACCGGUAA